AUGAAGGCUGUGGGUGAGCUGCUGAUUUCUAUAUUUUCCACCUAUCUCCUGGUUAUGUUUGGAUUUAACGCUGCCCAAGACUUCUGGUGUUCAACUUUGGUGAAAGGAGUCAUUUACGGAUCCUAUUCUGUAAGUGAGAUGUUCCCCAAGAACUUUACCAACUGCACUUGGACGCUGGAAAAUCCAGACCCAACCAAAUACAGUAUUUACCUGAAAUUUUCCAAGAAGGACCUGAGCUGCUCCAACUUCUCCCUGCUGGCUUACCAGUUCGAUCAUUUCUCCCAUGAAAAGAUAAAGGAUCUGUUAAGAAAGAACCAUUCUAUCAUGCAGCUCUGUGAUUCCAAGAAUGCUUUUGUGUUUGUACAGUAUGAUAAAAAUUUUAUUCAGAUUCGCCGGGUCUUCCCAGCCGAGUUCCCGGGAUCGCAGAGAAAAGGAGACCACGAUCAGAAAUCUUUCUUUGAGUUUCUGGUGUUGAACAAGGUGAGCCCCAGCCAGUUCGGGUGCCAGGUCUUGUGCACCUGGCUGGAAAGCUGCCUGAAGUCCGAAAAUGGCCGAGCUGAGUCCUGUGGGGCCAUGUAUACCAAGUGCUCCUGCCCCCAGCACCUGGGGGAGCUGGGCGGGGAUGACCAGGCCUCGGUGGUGCUGCUGAGCAACGUGGUGCUGCCCCUGAAUGAGCAGACGGAGGGCUGCCUGACCCAGGAGCUGCAGACCACCCAGAUGUGCAACCUGACCCGCGAGGCCCGGAGGCCCCCCAAGGAAGAAUUUGGAAUGAUGGGAGAUCAUACAAUAAAAAGUCAGCGACCUCGAUCUGUUCAUGAAAAAAGGGUCCCUCAGGAGCCAGCUGAUGCUGCUAAAUUUAUGGCACAAACUGGUGAAUCUGGCGUGGAGGACUGGUCUCCGUGGAGCCCGUGCUCUGUGACUUGCGGUCAAGGGUCGCAGGUGCGAACCAGAACUUGUGUCUCACCUUUCGGGACUCACUGCAGCGGUCCGUUAAGAGAGUCACGGGUUUGCAAUAACACUGCCCUCUGUCCAGUGCACGGCGUCUGGGAGGAGUGGUCGCCCUGGAGCCUCUGCUCCUUCACCUGCGGCCGUGGCCAGCGCACACGCACGCGGGCCUGCUCACCGCCACAGUACGGGGGCCGCCCGUGCGAGGGCCCAGAGACGCACCACAAGCCGUGCAACAUCGCGCUGUGCCCGGUCGAUGGACAGUGGCAGGAGUGGAGUUCAUGGAGCCAGUGCUCUGUCACGUGCUCAAACGGGACGCAGCAGAGAAGCCGGCAGUGCACAGCCGCGGCUCACGGGGGCUCCGAGUGCCGAGGGCCCUGGGCCGAGAGCAGAGAGUGCUACAACCCAGAGUGCACAGCCAAUGGCCAGUGGAACCAGUGGGGUCACUGGAGCGGGUGCUCCAGGUCCUGCGACGGCGGCUGGGAGCGAAGGGUCCGGACCUGCCAGGGGGCCGCGGUCACGGGGCAGCAGUGCGACGGCGCGGGGGAAGAAGUGCGGCGCUGCAGUGAGCAGAGGUGCCCGGCACCUUACGAAAUCUGCCCAGAGGACUAUCUAAUCUCCAUGGUGUGGAGGCGGACCCCAGCAGGAGACCUGGCAUUCAAUCAGUGUCCGCUGAACGCAACAGGCACCACCAGCCGCCGCUGCUCCCUCAGUCUCCAGGGAGUGGCCUUCUGGGAGCAGCCAAGCUUCGCACGCUGCAUCUCCAACGACUACCGGCUCCUGCAGCAUUCGAUCAAAGAGCACCUGGCCAAGGGGCAACGCACGCUGGCGGGCGAUGGCAUGUCCCAGGUCACCAAGACACUGCUGGACCUGACCCAGAGAAAGAACUUCUAUGCAGGCGACCUCCUGAUGUCUGUGGAGAUCCUGAGGAAUGUCACAGACACGUUCAAGAGAGCCAGCUACGUCCCCGGCUCUGACGGCGUGCAGAACUUCUUUCAAAUAGUUAGCAACCUUCUAGAUGAAGAAAACAAGGAAAAAUGGGAAGAUGCACAGCAGAUUUAUCCAGGCUCAAUCGAGUUGAUGCAGGUGAUUGAAGAUUUUAUACACGUUGUUGGAGUGGGGAUGAUGGAUUUCCAGAAUUCAUACUUAAUGACUGGAAAUGUAGUGGCCAGUAUCCAGAAGCUCCCGGCAGCCUCCGUUCUGACAGACAUCAACUUCCCCAUGAAGGGACGGAAGGGAAUGGUGGACUGGGCCAGGAACUCCGAAGACAGGGUCCUGAUACCCAAAAGUAUUUUCAGCCCAGUGUCUUCAAAAGAAUUAGAUGAAUCAUCUGUGUUUGUUCUUGGAGCUGUCCUAUACAAAAACUUAGAUCUAAUUUUACCUACUUUGAGAAAUUACACCGUCGUGAAUUCCAAAAUCAUCGUGGUGACGAUCAGGCCGGAGCCCAAAGCCACAGAUUCAUUUCUGGAGAUAGAACUGGCUCACCUGGCCAAUGGUACUCUGAACCCCUACUGCGUGCUGUGGGAUGACUCCAAAACGAACCAGUCGUCGGGAGCGUGGUCCACGCGGGGAUGCCGGACGGUGCUCACCGAUGCGUCCCACACGAAAUGCCUGUGUGAUCGCCUCUCCACCUUCGCCAUCUUGGCUCAGCAACCCAGAGAAAUAAUCAUGGAAUCCUCUGGCACGCCCUCGGUGACUCUGAUCGUGGGCAGCGGCCUCUCCUGCCUGGCCCUGAUCACCUUGGCGGUGGUCUACGCAGCACUGUGGAGGUAUAUACGCUCUGAGAGGUCCAUAAUUCUGAUUAACUUCUGCCUGUCUAUCAUCUCUUCCAACAUCCUGAUACUGGUUGGACAGACUCAGACACAUAAUAAGAGCAUCUGCACAACCACCACGGCGUUCCUCCACUUCUUCUUUCUGGCCUCCUUCUGCUGGGUCCUGACCGAGGCCUGGCAGUCAUACAUGGCUGUAACUGGGAAGAUCAGGACACGGCUGAUAAGGAAACGUUUCCUGUGCCUUGGCUGGGGGAAAGAUUCAUGUCAUGAAGACAUGGCUCUCAAAGGUCUAGGCAUUGUGCGAGGCCAACCUAGUGAGGUCGUUCGUGAAGAACUCUGCUGGCUAUCUCUGGAAGGGGGGCUGCUGUACGCCUUCGUGGGACCCGCGGCUGCCGUUGUCCUGGUCAACAUGGUGAUUGGCAUCUUGGUAUUUAAUAAACUUGUUUCCAGAGACGGAAUCCUAGAUAAGAAGCUCAAACACAGAGCCAGUCAGAUGAGUGAGCCUCACAGCGGUUUGACGCUCAGGUGCGCCAAGUGUGGAGUCGUUUCGACAACAGCCCUGUCGGCCACCACCGCCAGCAACGCCAUGGCCUCGCUGUGGAGCUCCUGCGUGGUGCUGCCCCUGCUAGCUCUGACCUGGAUGUCUGCCGUUCUGGCCAUGACAGACAAGCGCUCCAUCCUGUUUCAGAUUCUCUUUGCUGUGUUUGAUUCUUUGCAAGGCUUUGUUAUAGUCAUGGUGCACUGCAUUCUUCGGAGAGAGGUCCAGGAUGCUUUCAGAUGCCGGUUGAGAAACUGCCAGGACCCAAUCAACGCGGAUUCUUCAAGUUCUUUCCCUAAUGGGCAUGCUCAAAUCAUGACAGACUUUGAAAAGGACGUUGACAUCGCUUGUCGGUCAGUUCUCCACAAGGACCUGGGGCCCUGCCGCACCGCCACCAUCACAGGCACGCUGUCCCGGAUCUCUCUCAAUGAUGACGAGGAGGAUAAGGGCGCUGCGCCCGAGGGGCUGAGCUACUCCACACUGCCGGGCAACGUCCUGUCCAAGGUGGUCCUUCAGCAGCCCGCGCCGCUGCACGUACCCAUGGGCAGGGGCGAGCUGGGCGCCCCAUGCCUGCCCGAGGGUGGCGAGCUGCGCAGGACGGUGUACCUGUGCACGGAUGAGGACCUGCGGGGCGCCGAGCGGGACCUGGGGCACCCGCAGGACCGCGUGCUGGACAGCGACUACAUCGUGAUGCCCAGGGGCUCCGUGAGCGCCCCGCCACCCACCAAGGACGAGAGCAAGAUGAACUUGGGCAUGGACACCUUGCCGCAUGAGCGGCUGCUGCACUACAAGGUGAGCCCCGACUUCAGCAUGGCCCCCCCAGUCAUGGAGCAGUUUGGCGGGAACCUGGACCAGCUGAAUGCCCCCAUCCUGGACCCACACCUGGCACCCCGGGAACACAUGCAGAGCAUGGCCUUCGAGCCCCGCACAGCAGUGAAGAACUUCAUGGCCGCGGAGCUGGAUGAGGGCGCCGGGCUGUCACGGAGCGAGACGGGGUCCACCAUCUCCAUGAGCUCCCUAGAGAGAAGAAAAUCCCGGUAUUCAGACCUUGACUUUGAGAAGGUCAUGCACACGAGGAAGCGGCACAUGGAGCUGUUUCAGGAGCUCAAUCAGAAAUUCCAGACCCUGGACAGAUUUCGGGAUAUACCAAAUACAAGCAGUAUGGAGGCCCCAGUGCCCAGCAAGAGCCCGUGGGACACAUUCCAGGCCCCCAGCGAGUACCAGCACUACACCACCAUCAAUGUCCUGGACACAGAGACCAAGGACGCCCUGGAGCUGAGGCCGGCUGAGUGGGAGAAGUGUCUGAGCUUGCCUCUGGACGUGCAGGAAGGGGACUUCCAGACCGAGGUGUGACCGGGCAGUUGGGCCAAGGCGGACACGACGGUGCCAUGCUCGGUGACCACCCAGGCCCAGCAUGGGUCCCUGGGAUGUCCCGUGCUAUGUCCGCGGCUGGACCUGUGCCCGCCCGCACCAUUGGGGGAGAGGCCCCGGUGUACAGUCCGACCCAGUGUUGUGCGUGCGUGGAAUGGAUUCGUAAGGUGAUGGAUCUCUAUAGAUAAACCUCACGCAACGACUCGUGUUGUAACCGCUUCAUGUGGUCUAGUUUUCCAGAAAACUUCACCAUGAAGCACAAUGUAUAUAUUUAUGCAGUUUUUAAAGUUUAUAACAGUCUGUUUGGCCAUUACUACACUUUUUACUUUAUAAUAUAAAAAAGCAAAGUUUUUGUCAUUAAAUGAAUGUUUGUUGAGCUACAUUCUUCAUUGCUUUAAAUGCAAUAAAGUAAUAAUCUCACUUUUAUAUGAAUAAUAUAUUUCACAUCUUUAUUAUCGCAGUUUUCUCUAGAGAGCUCCAAGUGCUUCUCUCUACUGCACUGUGUAUAAAAUAUUUAAA